AUUAUGGAAGCAGUAGAACUAAUUGGACAAAAGAGGAAAGGAGUUGAGAUUUUGGAGAGCAAAGUUCAAAAGGAAACUAAAGAAUUUAUGAUGAAUUUUAUUAAUUUGAAUGUUGGUAGUAGUCAGGAAUAUUUGAAUACUUGAUUUCCUAGUGAUUGACUUUUGUUGUGUUCAAAAUGUCCUAAGGAAAGGAUUUCAUUAAGAGCAUGCUCAGAAAUAUCUUUCUCUUGAUUAAAUUUAAAUAUCAUUGAAUUAUACGAUAUCCCCCUGAAAAGAGAUCAAUAUGUGAUAAAAUUUCUUGAAAAAUCUCUCUUCUCUCGUAUCUCAAUCUUAAAAUUUAAUAUGAGAUCAUAUUCCACACCCCUAAACUUUAGUCUAUAUUCUAACGCUCUUCUGAAAUCUUUGGCUAAAGUAACCCAAAGAUUAUGAAUUGAAAAAUGAGUGAUCUCAUCAAAGAGCAUUGCAAAUAUCUUUCAUUAUGGCUUUCAUUUAGAGGAGAUAGAGUUGUCUCAAUGUGUGCUCCAAACAAAUGGACUCAAGCUGAGGAACAAUAGUUCUUCACUCUUGGUCAAUGAUUCAUCCUCUACUUCUUCUAAACAAGUUUUGAGGCAUCUUAAGUUGCCAUUUUGUGGGCUUAGUACGCUAAAUAAUUGGAAAGCAAAUCCAGAGAAACUUUCUGAUCUUUUCACAGCAAUUUCUGACUCAGCUCUGAAAUAUUCACUAAAAUGCAUAACUCUCCAUCAUAGUUGUCUUAAUCCUGGGAAGAUGAAGGAACUUGCCUUGAAAACAAGACUUGAUGGUAUAAAGAUGAUUGGAAGUGAAGAUUCUGGGCUUUCAUACAUGUUCAUAGUGUAAUCCUGUCUAAAAAUCACAUCCCAAAAUUCUAAUCU